AAUGAGCUUAUUUACCAUUUUACCUUUAAAGCCCUAACCAUUGUUCGCCCGCGACAGGUUUUCCUGCGCUUCUGUUCUGCUUCUCUAUGCGACAAGGAUAAUCAAGGAGCUGAGCGAAAAUUCGACUAUCUGCUAGGACUGGUUCAUUCCAAAGCAGAUCCAAAUUGAGCUAAUCCUAGAAGGUUGGACUUUUUAGUCUCUAAACCCUCUUUUUCUACAGGGCAUGACCAAGUUUAGGAAGCUUGGCCGUCCGGCGGCCCAUCGCAUGUCAAUGCUCAGAACUAUGGUGUCACAACUAGUUAGGCAUGAACGGAUUGAGACAACAGUGGCCAAGGCAAAGGAAGUUCGUCGUCUUGCUGACAGAAUGGUACAGCUUGGCAAAGAGGGAACUCUAGCUGCUGCACGGCGUGCUACUGCUUUUGUUCGAGGAGAUGACGUCAUGCAUAAGUUGUUCACAGAGCUAGCUUAUCGCUACAAGGGCCGAGAAGGUGGAUAUACAAGACUGCUUAGAACUCGCAUAAGAAUGGGAGAUGCCGCUCCAAUGGCUUAUAUAGAGUUCGUUGACAGAGAGAAUGAACUAAGAGAAGCUAAGCCUCCCACACCGCAGCCACCUGAAAGGACCCCGCUUGAUCCAUGGACGAGGUCUCGUAUUAGCAAACAGUGGCCUUCAGCUACUCCAAAGCAAACUACUACAGAUUCUGAAACUUAAAUGAGAACCAUUCCAUGUCUAGUUGGAAGAGGUACAAACCUUGGUGAUUUUUUUUACUCUGCUAAAGAGCGUUUCUUUGGAUUCAAUUUUGUCAGUCUUCCUCGACUUCAGACUUGCAUUUCUAAGCUUUUUUAAGUUCAAUCAUGGUUUCUCUUGAUCAUUAUUGAUGAAAGCUUUGCUCGUUGCUAAAUCCAAAUUGCAGCUCUAAUUUUUAUGUAUUGUUUUAUUACAAAUGUCAAAUAGAUUGUUUUUGGUGUGAACUUUGCCCUUUCUCUA